AUUUGUCUGUGUGUGUGUGUGUGUGUCUCUCUCUCUCUCUCUCUCUCUCUCUCUCUCGCACUGCAUGUUUGAACUGAUCAACCUACCCCUUUUCUUUUCAAUUCUUUGAAAUCUUUUGGGUCUGUUGAUAAAUUUCAAGACAACCUAACUCUCUUUCUCAGUUCUUUGAAAAAGUUUUGAGUCUGUAGAACAAAAACAAAUAAGAAAAAGAAAACAAAGACAAACCCUUGAUUUCCCUCUCUUAUAUGCAUAUAAAGAUCCUUCUUGAUCAUAAAACCCUAAAAAAAAAAACCCAGAGAUUUGGGCACCAAGACAAUGAAGCGAGCAAAGAUUGAGACAUUGGUGUCAUUGAGUCGACUAAGAUCGAUUCAGAUCUUGACGGGUGUCUUGUUUUUCUAUCUUCUCUUGAUGAGUUUCGAAAUCCCUCUUGUCCUGAAAACUCAAUUAGGGUUAGGGUUUGGUUCUGGUGAAGCUGAAGAUAAAUUGGCACGAAAAGAAUCCCCAAAUGUCGAAUCAUUUAGGGUUUCACAGAGAUCGUUUGUUCGAACCCCAGAGCGACGAAUGCGAGAGGAGCACAAGCAAGUGUCGGGCUUAGUGUUCGAUGUUGGUUCAUUUGGAAAUCACAGCCAAAAUGACUUCUCAGAGCUUCACAAGAUGGCAAACCAUGCUUUCAUGGUGGGAAAGAAGCUAUGGGAAGAGAUUUCAUCUGGGAAAAUUCGACUCGAAUUGGAAAACAGGGGAGAAAAUUUAUCCGAAUCGUGUACUCAUUCGAUUUCGAUUUCGGGCGAUGAAUUCAAACAGAGAGGUCGAAUUAUGGUGAUUCCAUGUGGGUUGACAUUGGGAUCACAUAUUACAGUGGUGGGGAAGCCUAAUUGGGCUCACCCAGAGACUGAACCAAAGAUUGCAUUGGUGAGAGAGAAGAAUGAGAUUGUGAUGGUUUCACAGUUUAUGAUGGAAUUGCAGGGGUUGAAGACCGUGGACGGGGAAGAACCUCCGAGGAUACUGCAUUUUAAUCCGAGGUUGAAAGGGGAUUUCAGUGGGAGGCCGGUUAUCGAACAAAAUACGUGUUAUCGGAUGCAAUGGGGGUCGGCGUUGAGGUGUGAAGGGUGGAGGUCUAAUGCUGGCGAAGAAACGGUGGAUGGACAGGUGAAAUGUGAGAAGUGGAUUCGUGACGAUGAUAAUCGCUCAGAAGAGUCUAAGACUAUAUGGUGGUUGAACAGGCUGAUAGGGAGGACAAUGAAGGUGACAGUUGAUUGGCCAUACCCAUUUGCAGAGGACAAGCUAUUUGUUCUUACCUUGCGGGCUGGUUUGGAAGGUUAUCAUAUCAGUGUUGAUGGGAGGCACAUUACUUCUUUUCCUUAUCGCACUGGGUUCACUCUUGAUGACGCAACAGGACUAUUUGUGAAAGGAGACUUAGAUGUGCAUUCUAUAUUUGCUGCCUCAUUACCCACAUCGCAUCCAAGCUUUGCUCCACAGAUGCAUCUCGAGAUGUUUUCUAUAUGGAAGUCCCCGCCUCUUCCUGAUGCGCCUGUGGAGCUUUUCAUUGGCAUUCUUUCUGCAGGAAAUCAUUUUGCUGAGAGGAUGGCUGUGAGGAAGUCGUGGAUGCAGCAUCCAUUUAUCAAAUCGUUAAAUGUUGUGGCUCGGUUUUUUGUAGCACUGCAUGGAAGACAGGAAAUCAAUGCAGAGCUAAUGAAAGAAACAGAGUUUUUCAGGGAUAUUGUCAUAGUGCCAUACAUGGAUAAUUACGACCUUGUUGUUCUGAAGACAGUUGCAAUCUGUGAAUAUGGGGUUCGCAGAGUGGCAGCAAACUAUAUCAUGAAGUGUGAUGAUGACACAUUUGUUCGGAUAGAUGCUGUGAUUGAGGAAGCAAAGAAAGUCCAUGGUGGCCGAAGCCUGUAUGUGGGAAAUAUCAAUUACUACCACAAGCCGCUACGCAAUGGUAAAUGGGCAGUGACCUAUGAGGAAUGGCCAGAAGAAGAGUAUCCGCCCUAUGCAAAUGGGCCUGGUUACAUAAUCUCACCUGACAUUGCACAAUACAUUGUAUCGGAGUUUGAAAAACACAAGUUGAGAUUGUUCAAGAUGGAAGAUGUGAGCAUGGGGAUGUGGGUAGAAAAGUUCAACAGUUCAAGGCUGGUUGAGUAUUUGCACAGCAUGAAGUUCUGUCAAUUCGGUUGCGUUGAAGAUUAUUACACGGCGCAUUACCAGUCUCCGAGACAGAUGAUGUGCUUGUGGGACAAGUUGCAAAGUCUAGGAGAAGCCCAAUGCUGCAACAUGAGAUGACCCUCAUCGUUGUGGUGAUAGAAGCCUUUUAUGCUAGGAGAUAUUUUGAAAACUUCGGAGUUAAGAACAAAAAUAAAAAAGGAAAUGUAAAGGGAAAGAAGAGAAACAAGUUUUGCAGACAUUAGCUUGUACAUGUUAGUGUUGUUAAUGUUUAGAUAUAUCUGGGCUCUUCUCUUUUCCCCCUUUUUAUUUUAUUGGAUUCAUUCAUUAUUCAAUUUCUUUUUCUUGA